GGAUUUCAAAGAGGAAAUAAACAAAUCGUUCUGAACAUUUUUUGUUUACGACUAGGCACACAGGCAUUGUUUUUCAAUUUCGGAGACGCGCUGUAUCAGCCAGUCCUCAGGCAGAAUGGCUGCGUCCUCUUCCUCCUCGUCCGCGGGGGGAGUGAGUGGUAGCUCGGUCACAGGCUCUGGGUUUAGCGCCUCUGAGCUCAUUCCUCCUCGCAAAGUCCUCUACACGUACCCCAAAGGAGCUGGCGAAAUGAUGGAAGAUGGCUCCGAUAGAUUUUUAUGUGAAUCUGUAUUCAGCUAUCAAGUUGCCACAACACUGAAGCAGGUGAAGCAAGACCAACAAGUGUCUCGGAUGGAGAAGUUGGCCAGCCUGGUCGAGGAACUGGAGGCAGACGAAUGGCGGUAUAAACCUAUCGAACAGCUUUUAGGAUUCACCACCUCAUGAAUAAAAACGGACUGAUGUGACGUGCUGGUUACCACAAGGAGUGAAUUGGUUAGAUACUGGGGGAAAUUAGUUUCUAAUUUCAAUACAUCUAGAAUGUCUACUUGGUAAUCAUUUUUUAUAGGAUCCAAUCUUGCCAAAACCAUGUUCUGUACAAGUGUUUUUUGCAAUGCAGUUUCUUUCAUGACCUCUCUUUUGCCACAACCCAUGGACAAAUCGGGACUCUCAUGAAUUACAAAUGCAAAUAUAUGUCAAAUUAUGUUGAAUAAAAUUAUUAUAUUACCUUGGUUUACAACA